CUUUCAGCAAUUUACUCUAAAACGAACUCGUUAGAGCCAAUCUCUCUUGAGCUAUGCCAACCACACCACCAAGGGCUAGCCGGCCUGGGGCCAGCUGGAGCGGCUUCGCGUGCUGGAGAUCUCCGGCGCGUCUCUGGACGGCCUCGCGGUCGGCGCCGCCGUCGCCGCGUGCCCCAAUCUCACCGACCUCGCUCUGCUCAAGUGCCAGUGCUCUGGCUACGUGCCCAGCGCUGCCGCCUUGACUUGGUCGGCUCCGGCACCCGCGCCCCAUGUCGACUCCCCUUGAGCUCCAGGGUUUCAACUGGAUCUCGCUGGAGCACGACGACGGCAUCGGCGACCGCCUAAAGCGCCUCACGAUUGCCAACAACAUCGGUACUGUGUACACUAUCUGGAUCGGCAGGCUCCCGGUGUUAGAGCAGCUGUCUCUGCGUGGCGUCCAGUGGAGCUGGGGAGCCGUCAGCCGUGUUCUAUCCUGCGCCGCCGAGGUGAAGCAUCUGGAGAUGAACAUUGCGUCCUGCGGUGAUUCCGAUGCGAGGGAGCCUUUUCCCGAGGUCGACCUUGCUGGAUUCUUCAACAGCCACCCAAAGCUUCGCUCGCAAGUUUGAGGUCCAUGAUGCAGCCCCGGUCUGCAUCCCGAUGGUGCCCCUCACCUGUUCGACGGAGUGCUCGACCCAGGUCGACGAAGCCCAUGACGCCGCCACCGACGUUUCUGCUGUUCUGCACGUGUCGCUCCUCCCAGCAGCCACACCGAUGCUCGUCACCGACCUCCUUCACUCGGGUACCGACGCUGUCGAUUCGAUGCAGCUGUUUCGGAACCAUGACCUGGAGGUCUCGCUCUCGCCGCCCACAAGACACGAAGGGCUGCCGAUACGGCCGGCACCAUGGCCAUCAUUUCUGGUGCAUCAUAGUGCAGAGGGGAAUGAGGUUCGACCCACUCCAUGGCCGUCGUUUGCUUGCUCUCAUGAAGAGGACAUAGCUUCCGGAUGAAUACUAUUCUACUAUUGACAAUUUUGCUUUACUGGUGACUAUCACUGUUAAUGUUGUUUGUUCAUGGGAACCUAUUGAGCAUCAGUUUACAACUGUUCUUGAUCAGGGGCAUUGGAAGUUUUCUGAACAUGCUGCUGUAGGUAGUUUUCCUAAGCCUAAAAAAAUGCCAGAGACACUGCGGAUCACGACCAUGUCAGUACAAGGGAAAAUUUCGAGUCAAGGGAAAAUUAAGGAAUGUCUUAGUUUCGCAUUGGACAGGGCUGUCUUAGCCAGCUU